UGUCACUUUAAAAAUGACUGUAAUGGGAUCAAGACUUAAUCACUUGGCGAUCCUCGGAUGUCUGCUAUUUCUCCUCGUCUACGUGGACUGCAGAGCCAACCAGGAACACUCGCCGAAUGACCGAAGCCGUCACCAGCGUUCCCACAAUCUCCAUAGACCGCCAUAUGAGGGAUAUGAUUGGUACAAACACUAUGAACGAGACUCGGAUCCGGGAAAGGACCCGAAUUACGCCAAAGCCAGAGCGGGCAACGAGAAAACGCUGGGAGAUUCUCCACCCAAAGAUCUAAAAGAAACAAGGAAAACACAUCUUUCUCAAAAAGAGAAGGACGAGCUCCAGGACUGGACCUCUUCGGAAGAGAAAAAAGGCCAUGGCCAUAACAGCCAGAAAAUUGUUAGCAAUGCUAAAAAAAUCGUGUCCGUGAUCAAGGCGGUAAAAGAAAAGGGUUAUAUAACCGAAGCAGAGAGAUCCCAGUUGACGCCUGAACUAAAACCAGCAGCUUUGAAAAUUUACCGAAAGUUCAAGGACAAAAUUAAAGAUAAUCCAGAUUUCUACCAUGCAUUGGAGGUCGUACUGCACGAGAUAAUGAAAACAUCAAAGGGUCUAGCCUCAAAACACAGGCGCUCCAGGCAUCAUAAACACAAACCCGAACCGAAUUUGUAG